AUGGAAGGUCCUAUUUAUAGGGAAAGAAUGUCUGCUACUGCUAUGUAUGAAUGGGGGGACUUCACUGCCAGAUCUAGUUCAUUAAUACCUUUGCCACAAGCUCGGACACUUGAGGUUAGGAAGUUAGAUAAAACUGCCCAGAAAACGAUGGCAAUGCUGCAUUCAGGGCCCAGCCAUGGUGGAAAAGGCCAUAAAUCUGAGACUCAGCAUGCCCCAAUUCCAAGACAGCUCAAACAAAUUGUUCCAAGCCUUGGCGUUGGACACUAA